AUGAAGGCCAGCGUCCGAGUGCUUCAGGAGAGGAAGAUAGGUUGCAAUAGUGAGAAGCAACGCAUGGAAAGGAAGUUGUCGAGCCACCUUCCUGGACAAUCGAAGGAACAUCUAAAACAGCAAAUCUGUGAGCAGCGGAGCGUCCUCCGCGAUAAGGGACUGACAACUUUUAACAUAGUGGACGAGUUGUGGGCUGCAUCACCAGUAAUAGAAACUAAAACCACCAAAGUCAUUGGCCUUGAAAGGGAAAAGGAGGACCUGACAAAGCAAGCCAUGGAACAUCAAGAACAGAGGAAGCAUAUUGACGGACUGAAGAACAUAUUGAAGAUGAAGCUUUUUCCAGCGCAAGAGUUUGCAAGCUCAAAUGUUAAUCAUGUGCUUCCUCUACCGAACGCUGAGGACGAGGAAUGGACUAAGACUCUCGAAUCGCUGUAUCAAACGUCUAGGGAAAAAACCGCCUCACUUUCAAAACAUUUCACUAACAUCAGAAAGAAAGCGGAAGAAGAAGUAAGCCGCAAAGGGUAUGAAUGCAAAAGAGAGGAGGAAACAUUGGACAGGAAAGAAGUUGAGAUCGACGAUCUGGAAAGAAAACUUAUCUCGCAGGGCGGCGGUCGUCCGAAUAGUGUGCAGCAAGAGCAGGAAGCAUUGCAAACCGCAAAAGAGCGUGUCUUGGAGGCUAAGAGAAAAUCGACACAGGCUGAGACAAAAUGCAGACAAAGCGAUGUAGUGCCAUCAGUACUGCGGGAAGAAGUCGAAUUUCUUGAAAAAACCGUAAAGGCUGUGGAAUGCGAUGUGCAAAAGCUGGAUGCAGAGGAGGAAAAUGCAAAGAAGCAAGACGGCAGGGAUGGGAAGGUGAAAACACUCAAAGAGCAAUCUCAGUAUGCCAUGCGCGACUGCAGCGAAUCCUUUGAAGAGUUAUCAAAACGCCUUACCAAGUCUGCAUUAGACCUCGGAGAAAAGAAGGGUCCUGAGUUGUCGAAAUGGCUUCAGUCUCCCAGAGCUCAUUUUCAUUCCGAUGACAUUUCCUCCGCGAAAAAGGCUGAGAGGGAAAGUGAUUCCCUUCGCAGAAUCGAAAAGCAAUUAUCGCAAAAACGAAAGUGGAUUCUUGGCGAGGCAGAAAGCCAGAGAGAAAAACAUCGGAAUCAACUUCGUGAAGCUUUGGUUCAAGAAGGAAUCGCGAAAAUACGGUCCGAAAACUCGUUGCAGGAGUUUAGAACUACUGCGAAGGAGGCCGAGGACCAAUUUCUUUUAAUCCGGACCCUUCCUUCAGGAGAUUGGGCUCAAUUCCUAUCUCUCUCCACUCCUUCCUCUACAUAUCGGUUCAGCGCUACACAAGAGCAGGUCAACUUCAUUCAAACGAUACUAGCGAAAACGAAUGCCAAAAUCCAGCAAGCAGCCGAAGAAGAAUGGGGGUUGAAGACUGGGUUGAGACAUGUGACUCAGGAGUUUGAAUUAUUCCGUAAGAAUUUUCAAUGCCCAGCAUGCGGAGUCCAAGGUAGUGACAAAGCAGGAAUAGAGAAGAUGAAAAAAUUCUUUGAACAACGCAUGUCAGAGUACGAAAACCCAGAAAACCUUACUCGGGCGAAAGAAAAUCUCAGACAGCUGAAUCAAACAAAAAAUCAUUUGAGUGAUUUCGAACGGAUCCUGAGCAAAGUGAUAUCAGAUUCAUCGACGUACGAAAAGGACGAGGAAUAUCACAGGAUAGCUGGAUCACAGCGGCUUGUUUGUGAAACAGAAAUGAAAGAAUGUGACGAGAAUGCUGACAAAAUAAAAGCGCUGGAUGGCUCAUGUUUGGAAGAAGACCGUCUGGUCAAGGAGUGCUCGAAAAGCGUGCAAAGGUUUAGGGACGCUUCAGAUCAGCUCAAGGAGCUCAAGGGAUAUCUCACGGCACAAUCUUCUGAACCCGAAGGCCGACCGUCUUUUGUUGUAAGCACAGAAUUGAAACAAAAAAGAGUGACAUUACAACGUAAAUCCUCAGAGCUACUCACGAAAAGAAAAGAGCUCGAUACUUGCACAAAAGAUGAAAUCGAGUUCGAAAGAGCAGGCAGGGAAUUUGAUGAACAAAACAGAAUAUGUGGUACGCUAGAGAGGUUAAAAAUACUGCGACAGGAGGCAGAUGACUGCAAACAAAAUAAUAAGAAACUCCAGGACAGCUUCCUCAAAGCACAAGAUAUCUUGAAAAAAACCUCGGCGGACCAUGAUGAGAAGUUAGCCAGUGUAUCAAAAGAUGAAAAUAUGAAAAGAGGUGAGUUGGAGGAAUGGAGGCGCUCCUUGGACAAACUGGGGUCAUUUGAUCGGGAAGCAAAUUCUCUGGAUCAAGAUAGGGUGGAGAAAUCUCUCGAGGUAUGGAAAAAGGAUCUAAGAUGUCAGGAAGAGAAACGCACUUUGCUGAGAAGACUGGAAACCCUCGAAGGAAACUUGGAUGUCUGUGAGGUCAAGGAAAGAAUUGCAAACAUUGAUCGUGAUAUUAGAGAGAAACAGCAGCAUUAUGGAGAUGAAGAUGACGUCGUGGGUGCGGAUCUUCAAGAGACGCUCAGAAACUUUGAUGACGUCGUGGGUGCAGAUCUUCAAGAGACGCUCAGAAACUUUGAGAAUGAACGUGAGAGAAAAAGCACACUGAAAAGAAUCAAAGAGAAAAACGUGGAGAAGUUGCAUCGGGAGAUGGAAAAAUACCAAGUCGUUCUAAAGAACCUCAAUCAAUGCCAAAUCAAGAAAGCAGUUGUGGGAUAUUCUUCAGAAGACUUGAAGUCGAUUUAUCUGGCAAGAGACAAAGCACUCACAUUAGGCCACAAGAUUAAAAUGAGAAGCAUUAACAGGGCAAUUAUGAAAUUGUGGCAUUCGUCAUAUCGCGGUACAAACAUCGACGAAAUUAGGAUUGGCGCGUACGAGAAAGAAGCCGGAAAGGGGGGAAAGACGCCAAAGCGAUACUUUCAAUACCACGUCGAAAUGCGGCAAGGACAGUCUUGGGUCAAAAUGAGAGGAAGAUGCAGCACUGGGCAAAAGUAUUUCGCUUGUUUGAUUGUCCGUCUCGCCUUAGUAGACAUGUUCUGCAAGGAGUUGAGUUUUCUUGUCCUAGAUCAACCGACUGCAAACGUAGACCACGAACAUGCAGGGUACAUUGGUCGUGCGAUCAAUAUAUUUUUGGCAAGCAGGAGAAGGAGAGGCAACUUUCACCUCCUCCUUGCUACCACCGAUCGAGAACUUGCAGAUAUGUUGGAUGCGCGAGAAUAUUGUGACCACUGCUACGCGAUUACCGAGGACGAAAACGGCUAUUCUAUGGCAGAGCGAAGAAAUCUUCAAGAGCUGUAAACAUCCUUCCGCAUGCAGAUAGGUCCUCCUUGCAACACCCUGGCGUACAGUACUUGUGCACUUGCCUACAGUACUGCAAUUUUCAUUGCGACUUGUUUGAUCUAAUAGCAGGUUAUAGAAACGAUCUACACAGCCAAUGUUGUCCGCAACCCUGUGGUUGCCACAAGUUGGUGGUCGCUAUUGCGAUCUAUGCACCAAUGCAUUUGAGGAAUGAGAGCGGCAUAUGCUGUGCCGAAGCCGCUGUUGCAUCAGAUUUGCGGGUGCGGGUAUCUCGCUGUGGGUCUCUAGCUAGUUGAUCUGAUGUUUUCCACCGCUGCAUAUGGCCGCCACUUCAUGAAGUGGCGGCCGUAUGCGGCGGUGGAAAACAUGUGCGGCAGACGAAUCAACCGCGAAGUUGCGCGAGAUCUGUUUCGUAAGUGGGUUUCGAAACCGUUUCCUAAGAGUGGAAUUUGGAGGAGGCGCUUCGUCAAGGCUCGGGCACUUCUGUCCCUGCCAUAGUGAUCUCUCAGGGAUAACUUUGUGCUGAGUGGAGUGGUUAUAAAACGUUCUGAUAGUAUUCUACUUGCGCGCGGCGAAUGACCACCCGCGAGCUUGAACCGUGACCUUGACAAAUAAAAUACUCUCUACCUGUUUACGAGCAGGAUCUCCAAA